AGAGUUAAUCUUUCAAUUAUCAUAGAUUGACAUUUCACCUUUUUGAAAGCCCUCUAAACUAACUCCUUUGGUUUGCUCUUUAAGAAAGUGAAAAAAAUUUCUUUCUCUCUAAUAGUUACAAUCAUGGUUUCUCUAUGAGAGGUUUCUAAAAAAACCAAGCAAAAACAAAACAAAUUUCCCACAAACAUAGCAAAUGGAGGUUCAAUCCUCGGCGGCGAAACGUCACUAUGACAUAACCAUGUCAAGAAGAACAAGGAAGCAAAAUGAGAAACCAAUCUCAAAGGAUGUCUCAACAACAAAAGAUGUUGUGUCUCAUGAGGCAAAAGAAGGUAAUGAGAAUAAUAAUAAUAACAAUAAUAAUGAUCACAAGAGCUUGAAGCAAUUGAUUGGUGGAGAAGAGAAAGAGACAACAAUGAAGAGUAGUAGUAGUGAUGAAGGUGAUAAUAGCAAAGGAAGAAACUCACUCGGAGAACAUUUUUCUGAGGAAGAGAAACAACUUCAACUUGUUAGGAUGCAACAAAAGGACAAUCUUCAAGGUUUGAAGUUUAAGAAAUUGGUUCGUCGUUAUGCUAAAGUUUUGGGCCAUUUAAUAAAGGCUAAACGUGAUCCUCAUUUAGGUGAUGCUGGAAAAAAACCUGUUUUCAAGUUAUCAGGAAUUAUUGCCAUCAAAUGAAGUUCAUAUUUUUGGUCAUGCAA